AUGGGUUUAUUUUCGAAGAAAACGACCGGAAAUGCUUGCGCUGUUAGAACUUAUCCGGUACGUUUGAGCAAUAAUGGACCGACGGCUACAACCAUUCCAAUAAUUAAUAAACACGUUAGAACUCCGACCCUGGAAAGACUUCCACUUAGAACUGCCGGUUGCAUACCACGUCCAAAAACCAUCGACAACGUUUGUACCUGUUACAAAACCAUCGUAAAACCUCAAGUUCAUAAUCAAAUCAUAUCUGUGCCCUCGGUUCAACGUGUUAUUCAAACCUCAGCAACUCCCGUCAUUGAAAAAAUUCACUACGAAGCCACUCCGGUUGAUUCUCCUAUAAAUGCCGUUCCUGUCGGUGCUUCUCCCGGUGCUGCUACUGCUGUCGCCGUUGCAAACGCUCUUAAGGGACGUUUAACAACUGUCACACCUGCACCGGCAGCAGUAACAGCUACUCUUCCAACGGUUACCGCUGUCAGAACUUUGCCAACUAUUACGACAAUCCCACUUUCGGCUAUUUCUUCUGGUCUUAUCAAACCGGGUUCCAUAGUUAACGUAUCCCCAUUUAUUACUAAUGUCGAAGGGAAAUGUGGACCGCAGCUUUGCGGCUGUCGACCACCCUGCCAACAGCAAUGUGCACCAUUAGUACCUCUAAUGUUGGACAAUUGUGGACCUAAUCCUAGUCCUUUGCCUCCAAUCAACGCACCUCCUUUACAAACUCCGGUUGUUGAAAAAGCUCCCGUUUCACUUCCGGCUUGCAUACCACCACCGAAAACAAUUGCCAACACCUGUCACUGUCUCAAAACCGUUGUAAAACCUCAAGUAGUUCAACAAAUGAUUACCGUACCAUCCAUUCAAAGAUACAUUCAAACAACACACACUCCAGUCGUUGAAAAUAUUCAAUAUCAAGGUGUUCCGAUAAACUGUCCUCCUUACACUCCAGACGCUCCACCGGCGGCACCACCAGCCGCAGCAGCAGCAGCUCCUGCUGCCGCCGCACUUCCUCCACCUCUAAACUCAUUGCUUUUAUCUCUGCUUUCAAAACGCUUGGGACUUUCUGCUUUAUCAGCUCUUUCAGGACUCACACCUCCAGCUCCGGCAUUACCACCAUGCGCUCCGGCAUUGCCACCAUGCGCUCCGGCAUUGCCACCAUGCGCUCCGGCAUUACCACCUUGUGCACCAGCAUUACCGCCAUGCCCACCAGCUUUGCCACCAUGCGCACCAGCAGCUCCUGCUCUUUCUCCAUGCCUUCCAAAUAUUCCUGUAGACCGCAGCAUUCAUCAGAUUUGUACGUAUCCAACAGCAUUAAAUACAAGCAACUUUAAAUAUCCAAUAGAAUUCAAUAAGAAUCAACACUUAGAAGCAACCGUUGUUUCCAGACAAGGUAGAGAAUUGUGGAACUUGAACGGAUUGAACUUGUGGGACUUGGACGGUUUGGACUUGUGGAACUUGGACGGUUUGGACUUGUGGGACUUGGACGGUUUGGACGGUUUGUUGGCAUUGUGGAACUUGGACUUGUGGGAAUUCAACAGUUUGGACUUGUGGGGCAGCAACAGCUUGGAAAGAUUGAACUUGUGGGACUUGGACGGUUUGUUGACAUUGUGGAACUUGGACAGAUUGGAAUUGAACGUUUUGGACUUGUGGAACUUGAACGGUUUGUUGACAUUGUGGAACUUGGACUUGUGGGAAUUCAACAGAUUGAACUUGUGGGACUUGGACGGUUUGUUGGCAUUGUGGAACUUGGACAGAUUGGAAUUGAACGUUUUGGACUUGUGGAACUUGAACGGUUUGUUGACAUUGUGGAACUUGAACGGUUUGUUGACAUUGUGGAACUUGAACGGUUUGGAGUUGGCAUUGUGGAACUUGAACAGUUUGGACGUUUUGGGUGUUCUUGCAGGAUUCUUCAGAGUUUUGUUCUCCUCCGACCUUGGUGAAAACGUAUCCGGUGUUGGAUUCUUCGUUGCAGUUGGUUGGGCAAGCUUCGUAGUGGAUGUUUUCAACGACUGGCUUGUGGGUGGUUUCGAUGUAACGUUGGACGGAUGGAACGGUGACGAUUUGUUCGUGGACACGUGGUCUCAUGACGGUCUUGUAGCAAGUGCAAGAGUGAGAGACGGUUUUUGGGGCUGGGAUGGAGUAUGGAAGACGGACAGUUGGUUUAACUUGGACUGGAGUCUUGACGUGGGAGGUGGUGACUGGGAUUUGUCUGUCUGGAGUUGGUCCGCAGUUGCACAAAGCGACUGGGUAUUUGCCCUUGACAACGAUGUUUCUGGUGAGGACUCCGUUAGAUUCGGAGGUCUUGACAUUAGCAGAAAGAGUGUUGGCUCCGUUAACGGCAGAAACACCGUUGUCGUUAGCAACAACGACAGAGCGGGUGUUGCAGGUCUAAAAUUUAAAAAUUUAAAGGUAGUAUUACGAGUUUUUCCUUAUUAA